AUUGAGAAUUAAUUUGACAAAACAUCUGAUUUGAAAGGACUUUUUUGACUUCUAAAUAUUAACUUAUUUUUAAAUUUGAAAAAUCAUUUCACGCCACUGUCUCGUUCACUUCAACCCCAAUUUCUUUAGGUUUUCUAAAUUCAAAACCCUGUGGCAUGUUCUUCAAUCUUGAGUAAACCCACUGCUACUGCAUGAGUCAAGCGAAUAUACUGAUACCUCACCACCCUUCCAUGGAUCCCGACAAUGGCCUGGACCCGAUUAGCCUCCAUCAGACACAUUCGAGCGAAAACGAUUCAGGAGCUCCCGAGCUUUCUCCAGAUUCCGGUAAAAAAUGGCCAACCAUUCCGACUCCGAAACUGCCUCCGUUGAACGAGAUCGGUUGGCCCAGUGUGUGGCUCCCGCCCAAGUCUGAACCGCGUGUGUUGACCCCGGAAGAGCAGGCCCGUCUGGCCGAUGACCAGGAGCAACAAGCUGCAUUGGAUGUUGUGAUUGAAUUUCUCAGGAAUCAAGAUGUUGCAGAAGAGGAGGACGACGAAGAAUACGAUGACGAGUAUGUAGAUGCAAUCACAUAUGAGAACGGAGACAUCUAUGAUAUGAUAGAGGAAGAGGAUAAGAAGAGGUUUGAUUUUUUUGAGAGACUGUUCGAGGACAGUCAAUUGAUGGAGUAUUAUGAGAAGAACUGUGCGAAUGGAGAGUUCAGGUGCCUCGUUUGUUUUGCUGUGCUGGAGAAAGGCUGGAAGAGGUUCAAGGGCUGCACCUCUUUAGUGCAUCAUUGUCUUUCUAUUGCAAAGACGAGAAAGAGGAAGGCUCAUCGUGCUUAUGCUGUGUCCAUUUGUAAGGCACUUGGGUGGGACAUCAAUAAGCUUAUUCACUCUUCUGAUAAAUCUUCUGAUGCUCUGGGUAACAUUGACAACACCUGUAAAGAGGAUUUGAACCUCUUUGGCAAUAAGGUGAACCUUGUUGAUGAUAAUACUGGUGAAGAAACUGUUCAAAAGAAUUCUAAUAACAAUGGAAGCGAGAAGAAAAAAAGUGGUGGUGCAACUGAGAGCAUUUUGUCGGAUGGUGACAAUAGCAAACAUGUUGAAGUUCUCAGCAGUGCUCAAGAUGUGGAAACUGCUAAUGCAAAGGACUUUCUGAAAGGCCUGGACCCCGCUGUUGCACGUGUUGAGGACUAUCAGGUGGAUAAUGCUCCUGCUGACCUCAAGCAAGACAAAGUUAAUAGCUGAUCAAGUGUUAGUUUUCUUUGCCAGACAACUGCUAGUUUUAUCUCUUACCAAGAGUUUGCGUGUCUGGGAGUGGGACACAUUUGUAGUUUUAUUAUCAAGGCAUGGCCAGUAGGCCGUUAGUAGUCGUGUGUAGUAGAAUGCGGGUUUAACAAGCCUCCCCGGCGUGCUAGAAAUGGUAAUGUGAAUGACUUAGAACUGGCCUUUCAAUAUGUUUUGUUUAAUGACCAAGUGAUCUAGUUCAUGCAUGUUUAUGUUCUUUCACGGACAAGUGAAUGCUUUUU